AUGGAGGGGUCAUUAAUCCUUGCCUCAGUUGCCCUCGGCAUCGCUAGUCAUGUCUGUUUCAAUCGAUACGAGCCUCGCAGCGCCAACACGGCCAUCCCAAUCCUCCUCUUACUCCCACCUGCGCUCCUCCUUCUCCUUCACCACCCAAUAACGACUGUCAGUGUUGCAUGUGUUUAUGUCGCGUUUUAUGUCUCCCUCUCCGCCUCCAUCGUCAUCUACCGCGUUUCACCUUUCCACCCGCUCGCCAAGUAUCCUGGGCCUCUCGUAUGCAAAGCAACCAAGCUAUGGACCUUGGGAAUUUCGAUUCGUGGCUACCACUACCUUUAUCUCAAGAAACUCCACGAUAAAUAUGGACCAUACGUGCGAACAGGCCCAAAUGAACUCUCCGUGAUUGAUGCCCAAGCAGUCAUUCAGAUCCUGAAUAGUGGUGGACUCGAAAAAGGUCGCUACUUUGAAGGAGGGCGUCAUGCCAGCACUCCCCCCACCAUUGUCAGUCUCGUCGGUGAUGCCCAUACCGCGAAACGCCGAACAUGGAACCGGGCGAUGACUUCAGCCUCGAUCCGUGAAUACGACCCCAUGCUUCUCAAGCGGACCCGUCAAUUGCUGACACACCUGGAAACCACCACGGAGGCAGUCGAUAUCGUGUUUUGGUUUGACCUUUUCGCCCUAGAUCUUAUGGGUGAUCUCUGCUUUGGUGGAGGGUUUGAGUUGAUGAAGGAGGGCAAAGACAAGGACCGCAUCGGAGAGCGGAUUCGCACUUUUACGAAGGCUUCGACGAUAUCGGGCAGAAUUCCCUGGAUUAUAUCAACGCUACAUCUUCUGCCCCAGGUCGGAAAAACUAUUCAGGAAUUCAAUGAUUUCGGUCAGGCGUUAGCCAUGCACCGCAUGCGGAAUGGCCCGCCAUCGGGGGCGAAGGAUAUGUGGUAUCAUCUAGCGGAUGAGGCCAACCUCGAGAAAGACCGCCCAACGCUAGAAAGCUCUGCGGCUGAUGGUAUUGUUGCCGUAGUCGCGGCCUCCGACACGACUGCUUCCGCAAUGAGCAGCUUGAUCUGGUUCCUGCUGAAUCACCCACAAGCAUAUCGGCGUGUCCGUGAAGAACUGGAUCGGGUCUUCCCAGAGGAUGUGGAUAACGUCGAUGCGCUUUGUGACUUCGACAGACAGCAAGAGCUCAAAUAUCUGUCGGCCUGCAUAAACGAAGCAUUGCGUUUGCACCCACCGCUACCCACUAAUGGUGGACCGCGACAGGUGAAGCUUGAAGAAGACGCGCGCAUCAUUGCUGGGAGAGUGCUUCCUCCGGGGACGAGCGUCUACACGCCGACUUACGCAGUCCACCGGCGACCCGAAUACUUUUCCCAGCCCAGCCUCUUCCUCCCAGACCGCUGGCUAGCCUCGUCGACAGAGAAGCCGCGGUUCAACAUUGCAAACCACAACCCCGCAGCCUUCUUCCCGUUCUCGCUGGGCCCCGCCAACUGCAUCGGCCAGCGAUUCGCACGGCGCGAGAUGCUCCUCGUGAUGACGAUGCUGUUCAAGACGUUCGAUAUCGCGUUUGCGAAGGGCUUUGAUGACCGGCAGACAUGGCCAGAGGGAAUGCAGGACUUUUUCGUGGCCACCAGGGGCCCGCUCCGCAUUCGUGUCUCCAGGAGGACGUAG